AUGCAAUCCACACAUGGAUGUCGUCAAGCUCUCGCUUCAUUUCCAACGUCCAUUCAAAGAUAGAGGCGUAACAUCCUGAAAGCAACUCCACGAUGCGUCUUUCCACAGCGGCGACCGUCGCUGCUUGCUGCGCCACGGCGCAUGCAUUCACGAACACCUCGCCUUUUGUUCUUUUUUCAACCGAGAGGCUGGACAGCCCUCUAUCAGAUGAGCUGCACGCCAACAGCUCCGUACUCAAGGCCGCCGGCGACUUCCUGUCGUCCUGUCCGACGCAGCGCUACCUGCUCGUGUCGCAGCCAAACCUCAACAUCCAACACCUGGGCUCGAGCAGUGCGGCCCCCAAGCUGCAGGCCGCGCUCUCAUCGAGAAAGGUCCAGGGCCGCAUGACCAUCUCGGAGAUGAGCGGCGUUGCCGAUAUCCAGAAGCUCGAGUCCGCCAUCAGGGAGAGCUGUCAGGCUGCCGGCAAGACACCAUCGGUCGAUACCCUGAACCUGGAGCCGAUCCCCGCGGGCGGCCGAUUCCAGGAUAUCGUUGAGAGUCUGAGGGAAAGUGAUGAGGAUCUCGGGUUGGUUCUGCAACAGUACGAUGCCGCGGGAGACUUUACCGUCAUCUACACGGCUGGCGCUCACACGGAGAAGGCGCACGAGGAGUAUGAGGCCGAGUUCAAGGAUACGACGCACCAGGAACUGAAGAGACGGAACGGAAACGUGCAAAGGCAGAAACAAGAGAGAGACACGAGGCCGUUGUUUGAGAAGUACCAGUUCUUCACACCUGGUAUCUUCAUGGUUCUUGUAGCUUUGCUGCUUCUGUUCUCAAUCCUGGGAGUAGGAAUUGCUGCUCUUGGCAGUCUCCAAGUCCCGUAUGGUGCCUUUGACAAGGAGAUGGGCCCGGCUGCUCAGAAGAAGCAACAAUAAGCGCUUUACAAGACGGCUACUGGCACUUAACAAAUCAACCGAAACUAGGAGCAGGCUGUACUGUCUACUCGCUCGAGAGCGUCGUGUGUCUUUGAUAAGUCCAUGUGUAUCGAUUUAUCUAGUAGAAGCCCUGGAAUUG